AACUUUGUAAAGAUAGAAAUCUUAAAUGUGACCAUUAUCAAUUAAAAAAAAAGUUGUUAAUGGGACCGCGAGUGCAUUUUCAAUUGGUGAAUAGUUCAAAGUUGGCAACCAGUGUUGCCGUGGUUCUGCCCAUUGAAAAGAACAGGCCAGCUCUGACACAGCCCCACUGGUAGGUACUUUAUUACUCCGUAGCUGAAAUAUUGAUUGAAACACAGUCACACACUGACUUUCUUGGUUGGUGCUUCUGCCAUUGUUAAUAUUACAAGCAGAAAACUUCUCAAAUCCCCAAACUAUCUAAGAUAAAGAAAACCCGUUGAUUUUACCAAGACUAUUCUUCAAAAUCUUGUACUUCUCCUUUUUCAACGACCUUCUACGAAACUUACUAGUUUUAGCGACCCUUUAAACAACUUGAUCGCUGACCUUUUCUCUACUGACGGCUACAAGCCAAAAAGCCCAACACCAACAUUCUUAUUUAAAGUCCAAUAUUUCCAUAUUUGGUAACACAAAGAUACAUACUCCCCUUCUUUCUUAAGACAAAAGCAUACUUUGGAUUAAUAAGUUCUGAUAAAGAUGAAAUUUGGGAAAGAAUUUACAUCCCAAAUGGUCCAUGAAUGGGAAGAAGCCUACAUGGAUUAUAAUUAUCUAAAGGGUGUGGUGAAAGACAUAUCAAAAUUCAACAAGAAAAAUGCACCAUUACCUGAAGUUGCAGCAACCCCAAAAGGCUCUUUAAAGAGAAGGAUAUCUAUGUAUAGAGCCUUUAGUGGACUACAAAGUAGAUUAAGUUUCAAAGGUUCUCCUAAAAUAGAAAAUGAAGAUGAAGAAGUUAUUUUAGUGAGUGCACUGGAGCAAGAAGGUUCACUGGGCCACCAUCAAACUAAGUUUCUUAUGUCAUCUGAAAAAGGUGGAGAAUAUGAAGUGGUUUUCUUUAGAAGACUUGAUGAUGAAUUCAACAAAGUGUUAACUUUUUAUCAGAAAAAAGUAGGGGAAGUGAAGGCUGAGGCUAAUGAGUUGAGUAAACAAAUGGAUGCACUUAUUGCUUUAAGAAUUAUGGUUGAUAAGCCUUCGAUUGAAAUGCAUAGUGAAACCAUAGAUGAUAGUGCCUUGUCUCCAGCAUCAUUGAAAAGUCCAGGUGGAUCACACAUGGAGGCAAUUGAAGAAGUUGAGAUGACCGGUGAAGAAAUUGAGGAAGAUGGAUCAUCCAGAGGGAAACAAGAUACGCCAAAGCGCGUGCGUUUUAGGCCUGCUCCACUAGAGAUUUUGGACAAUGUAAGAAUCAAUAUCGAACCUGCAACACCUGUCUCGACUUUGAAAAAUGUGAUGAAGAAUUCAAAGGCAAACUCAUCAUUCAGCAAAGACCAGCUCAGAAAAGCUGAAGAACAAAUGAAAAAGGCUUUUGUUGAGUUCUAUCGAAAGCUUCGACUUCUGAAAAGCUACCGUUUCUUAAAUGUGUUGGCGUUUUCCAAGAUCAUGAAGAAGUACGAUAAGACCACUACCAGGAAAGCUUCUAAAUCAUACUGUGAGAGGAUUGAUAAGUCUGAUCUUGGUAGCUCAGAUGAGCUUACUAGGCUCACGGAAAGAGUGGAGGCCACGUUCAUAAAGCAUUUUGUCAAUGGAAACCGAAGGGAAGGAAUGAAAUAUUUAAGACCAAAAGCUAAAAGAGAAACGCAUAGAGUAACAUUUUUCCUAGGGUUGUUCUCUGGCUGCUCAAUAGCAUUAGUGGCAGCUAUUGCUAUAUCGAUACGUGCAGGACACCUUCUCGAGCAUGAGGGUCGUGGGCAAUAUAUGGAAAACAUAUUUCCACUCUACAGCCUAUUCGGAUACAUUGUCCUCCAUAUGCUCAUGUACGGGGCGAAUGUAUACUACUGGAGACGUUUUCGGGUCAAUUAUCCCUUCAUAUUUGGCUUCAAGCAUGGAACAGAGCUAGGUUAUAGACAAGUUUUCCUCCUUGCUUCUGGUCUUUCAGUACUUGCAUUGGCUGCUGCACUCUUCCAUCUGGAUAUGGAUAUGGACCCGAAAACAAGAAGCUACCAGCCAUUUAAAGAGCUGAUCCCACUUUUAUUGGUGAUUAUUCUGCUUCUGAUGCUUUUUUGUCCUCUGAACAUUAUAUAUCGUUCAAGUCGUUUCUUCUUUUUAAGAACUGCUUGGCACUGCCUAUGCGCUCCCCUCUAUAAGGUUACUCUACCAGAUUUCCUAUUGGCAGAUCAACUUACCAGCCAGGUUCCGGCAAUUAGGAGUCUGCAAUUCUAUGUCUGCUACUAUGUAUGGGGAAACUUCAAAACAAGAUCAAACACAUGUCAAGACAGCAGUGUUUACCAAGUCUUACAUAUAAUCAUUGCAAUUAUUCCCUUUUGGUCUCGGUUUAUUCAGUGUCUUCGUCGCUUAUAUGAAGAGAAAGAUUCGAUGCAGGGGCUUAAUGCCCUCAAAUAUUUCUCAACAAUUGUUGCUCUUGUGAUGAGGACACUAUAUGAUCAAAAGAGAGGAGUCUUUUGGAAAGUAAUGGCAGCAUCAACUUCAGGAAUUACUACAGUUGCAAACACUUACUGGGACCUUGUCAUAGAUUGGGGUCUAUUACAAAGGAAUUCCAAAAAUCCCUGGUUGAGAGACAAGCUAAUUGUGCCACACAAGAUUGUCUACUUUAUUGCCAUUGUUCUGGACGUUAUUCUGAGACUAGUAUGGAUGCAGUUGGUUCUAGAUUUUCAAGAACUACCACAUCUGCACAAGAAAGCAUUUGUUGCAAUUGUUGCUUGUUUGGAAAUCCUCCGCCGAGGCUUGUGGAACUUUUUCAGGUUGGAAAAUGAGCACUUAAAUAACGUCGGGAAAUAUCGUGCCUCCAAGUCUGUACCCCUGCCUUUCAACUAUGACGAAGACAAGAGUUUGUAAAAGGAAAUCAAAGGAAUCCAGAGUACUCGAGACUCAAAAAUGAUUUUGGAGAAUUCUUUGAUUCAUUCGUCAAUGGUGUUCAUAUUGUUCAUGAAAUUAGAAAGUGAAAGGUAUAGGACGAAAUGAUAGUUGAUUCGAGCCUCGCCUAUGUACUAUUAAAAUUGGAAAAUUACAACAGUACAAAGAUCUAUUUCGACCCUCCAGAAGAUAAAUCCUUAAUCAAGAGGCUGAAAAUGUCCAUUAUGUUUCA